AUGGCCAAGGCCAAGGAGAUGUUCGACAGCGACAGCGACAGCGGUUCGGACAGUGAAGGGUCCGAUGCGAGCGACUCCGGCGCGUCGAGCGGCUCGGAUAGCGCCGACGCGAACGUCAAGGGCGCCAAGGACUCAUUUACAAUCAACGAAAAGUUCGCCGCGCGGUUCGAGCACAACAAGCGCAGGGAGGAGAAGCAGCGGCUGGAGGAGAAGCUCAAGCGCGAGUACAUCAUCGGCGACGGAGGCUCCGACGACGACUCCGGCACGAGCUCGAGCGAGUCCGACGAGGGGGAGAUCCCGCGGAAGAUGGAGGAGCAGUUCGCUCGGGCACUGGCGAAGAUAAAAAAGCGAGAUCCGUCGAUCUACCAGCCCGACGCGAAGCUCUUCUCGGACGACGACUCCGAAUCCGAAUCCGGCUCCGGCGACGAGAAGAAGGGCAAGAAGAAGAAGCCCAAGAAGCAGACGCUGCGUCAGGUGGUCGCCAACCAGCUCCUCGAGGGCGGCGCGCGCGCCUUUGAAGAUGAGGACGCCGACGACGCCGAGCCAAAGGACGACGGCAAGAAGUCCUACGUCGAGGAGCAGGCGGAUCUCAAGAGGGCGUUCAAGGACGCCGCCGAGGGCAGCGACGGCGACGACGAGUCCUCCGACUCGGAUUCCGACUCCGCGGGGGGCUUGCGGGUGAAGAAGAAGGCGGGCGAUGCCGAGUCAGACUCGGACUCGGAGGGCAUGGGAGACGAGGCUAAGAAGGCUUACGGCGAAUACUUCGACGCCGAGGAGGCGGAGGACGGCGCGAGCAAGGAGGAGGCGUUCCUCCGCGACUUUAUCAUGAACGAGAAGUGGAAGGAGGACGAGACCAAGCUCAACAUCAUCGGCGGCGGGCACGGCUCCAGCUCGGAAGAGGAGGUUGAGGAGGCGGAGAAAUUCGAGGCCAAGUAUAACUUUCGCUUCGAGGAACCGGACGGCGCCAACAUCGUCUCGCACGCGCGCCGCAUCGAGGGCACCGUUCGCAGGGAGGACACGUCCCGCCGCGACAAGAGGCGCGAGCGCAAGGAGCGCAAACUCGCCGAGAAGGAACGACUCAAGGCGGAGGUUCGCCGAUUGAAAAACUUGAAGCGCGAGGAGAUUCAGCGAAAGAUGGCGCAGAUCGCCAGCGUCGGCGGUCUCGCCGGCGCCGAGGCCGUCGCGGCGGCUAACCUCAACAAGGAGUUCGACCCCGAGGAGCACGACAGGCUCAUGGCCCAGAUGUACAACGAGGAGUACUACGAGGCUGGGCCCGACGAGGACGAGGAGGAACUCGAAAAACCCGUCUUUGGCGAUCUCGACGAGGAGGUCGCCGCCCUGGUCGGCAAAGGCGGCGUGGACGGCGCGGGGAGCGCGGCGGUCGGGAACGAGAGGCUCGCGAAGCUCAGGGAUGCGCUCACGGCGACGGGGUCCGGGCGGGUGGACGACGGCGGCGACGACAUCGACGACGAGGACGACGACGCCGAGGACGAGGAGGACGACUUUGACGGGAGCGACGGUAGCGACGAGGAAGCGGGGUCGGACGGCGACGAGGAGGCGCCGAACGCGGGCAACAAGUUCAGCAAGCGCGCGGCGAAGCGGUGGAAGAAGGAGCUCAUGGCUAAGAUGGAGGAGUACUACAAGCUGGACGCGGAGGAUUUCAUAGACGACAUGCCGUGCAGGUUCAAGUACAAGCAGGUGGCGCCCUCGAUGUACGGCUUGAACACCAAGGAGAUACUCGCGAUGACCGACAAGCAGCUCACGCAGAUCAUGCCCCUGAAGAAGCUCGCGCCGUACAGGCACGACUCGGACAUGCAAACCGACGCAAAGGUGAAGGCUAGGGCGCAGCGCAUGGCGCGCGAGUUCCUCGCCGAGGCUGAGAAAUCGCAGAAGGAGCGCAAGAAGAACAAGGGGAAGAAGAAAAAGAAGGCUGCCGGCGCCGACGACGACGGCAGCGAGAGCGAGAGCGAGGACGAGGACGCGGUCGCGGCGGCCGCCGCGGAGGAGCGCAAGGCUUCGUACGGCGCCAAGGCUUGGGGUAAACACAACAUGGACAACAAGCCCGGGCGGAAGCGCAAGGCAGCGGAGGAGGCCGAGAACGGCAACGGACACCACGCGGAGGAGAAGAUCGCAGCCGCAGCCGACGACGCUCCGGCCGCGGGGCAGGGCAAGAACGCCAAGAAAAACGCAAAGAAGCGCGCGAAGAAGAAGGAGGCGGAGGCGGCGAAGGCCGCCGGCAUGAUAUGA